AUGACACAAUGGGAUUCUUCUGGCCUACUAAUGGUUAAUAUAACAAAGUUGUAUCCAAAAUCUGAUUGUAGUGUGUUUGAUGCUUUUGGUAGAGUUUAUAGUGGCAAGAUACAGACAGGGCAGGCCGUCCGUGUUCUCGGAGAGGGAUACUCACCAGAUGAUGAGGAGGACAUGACUGUAAAAGAAGUAACGAAGUUGUGGGUUUAUCAAGCUCGCGACAGGAUGCCAAUAGCUGAGGCUCUUCCAGGUUCUUGGGUUUUAAUUGAAGGUGUGGAUGCUUCAAUAACGAAAACCGCAACUUUUUGUAAUGUGGAUUUUGACAAGGAUGUAUACAUAUUCAGGCCCCUUCUGUUCAAUACCCUGUCAGUGGUAAAAAUAGCCACUGAGCUAUUAAAUCCAAGCGAGUUGCCAAAAAUGGUGGAGGGUCUAAGGAAAAUUAGCAAGAGUUACCCUUUAGCAGUUACUAAAGUUGAGGAGUCUGGGGAACACACUAUAUUAGGGACUGGUGAGCUGUACUUAGAUUCAAUUAUGAAGGACCUGAGAGAGCUAUAUUCUGAAGUAGAAGUCAAGGUAGCAGAUCAUGUUGUCUCAUUUUGUGAAACAGUUGUUGAGUCUUCAUCAAUGAAAUGUUUUGCUGAAACACCAAACAAGAAGAAUAAAAUAACAAUGAUCGCUGAGCCUCUAGAAAAAGGUUUGGCAGAAGACAUAGAGAAUGUUGUAAAGGAUUCCAUUGUUCAGGGAUUUCAGUGGGGUGCACGGGAAAGACCUUUGUGUGAUGAACCCAUUAGAAAUGUUAAAUUUAAGAUUGUUGAUGCAAGGAUUGCCCCUGAACCACUUCAUCGUGGAUCUGGCCAGAUCAUUCCAACAGCACGGCGAGUGGCUUAUUCGGCUUUCCCCCGCCUUAUGGAACCAGUAUAUUAUGUAGAGAUUCAAACACCGAUAGAUUAUGUGUCUGCUAUCUACACCGUGUUGUCUCGUAGGCGUGGACAUGUUACUGCUGAUGUUCCUCAACCAGGCACCCCGGUUUAUCUUGUUAAGGCAUUUUUGCCCGUGAUAGAAUCCUUUGGUUUUGAGACAGACUUGAGAUACCAUACGCAAGGGCAAGCGUUUUAUCAAUCAGUUUUUGAUCAAUGGGCUAUUGUUCCCGGAGAUCUUCUGGACAAAAGCAUUGUUUUGCGCCCAUUUGAACCAGCACCAAUCCAGCAUCUUGCCCGCGAGUUUAUGGUAAAAAUAAGGCGCAGGAAGGGAAUGAGUGAAGAUGUAAGUAUAUGCAAGUUCUUUGAUGAGGCUAUGAUGGUGGAACUUGCACAGCAGGCGGCAGAUCUUCAUCAACAAAUGACAUGA